AUGUACACACCGAAGGAAAUCGAUGUUGAUAUUAUGCCUAAGAACGGAGAUCCUCGCUUACACUUGGAACAGAUAAUCUCUGUUAUACCGAGAAAAAGAAAAUGGAAAAAGUUUGUUCAGAUCGAAAUAGGUGGGAAUGUGAUGAAAUUCCGGCAACAAACAACAAAGGACAAACUAGUGGCUGUUUAUGAUCGUAAAUCUCAAAUGGAACCUUUCCUCAAUGUGAUUUAUACUCACGUCUGUAACUUAUUUGGGGACGAUGUGGAAUAUCGGAUGCUGCAUGCGCUCUGCAACAAAGAUCAACCGAAACCGAUAUACGAAAAUAUCAAAAUCAGCAGAAUUUGGGUGUGGAAUAGAGAUGUUCGAGAAAUAGAUGAACACUUCUCUUCUCUCCCGAAACAAAAAUUUAUUCAACUCCAUAUGGGAACUAUGACUGGUCGUUUGAGGGAAGAUUCGAAAAUAUUUGAAUCAGAAGUUGUGGAUGUUAAGGAUGUUGAAAGUCCAAUUGCACUUGUAAUUGAUGUUCUGCGUCACUUCAAUGGGCAACAAGCUAUUCUGCGUACUGAAUAUGUUGAUGUGUCGGAAAUUUUUCAAUUUAUGAAUAGAUGGAAGUCAAACCAAUCAUACCAAAACCUAAUGACUCUAGAAUAUACCUGGAAGACACCUUUUUUUGAUUUGGAUGCUCUGAUGGAAUCAGCGGAGAUUAAGCACACUAAAUCGGAAGUGGAUCCUCCAGUUUAUACGUAUGAUGAGAGGGUUUAUCUUCAAGAACAGGACGUAUUUUUUUAUGAGUUUCAUUCUCGAUCAUACAUUGUCAGAGAAUUCGAUCGGAAAGUGGCUUCAGUUUAUAUUUCGAAUCAUCGAUUCGUUUUCGGAGUAUGGAACAUGACAGAGGAAGAGUUCCUUGAUAAGUAUUCUGAAUGA